AUGAACAGUGCACCCAAGAGAGAGAUGAACAAUUCACCCAAGAGAGAGAUGAACCGUUCACCCAAGAGAGAGAUGAAGAGUUCACCCAAGAGAGAGAUGAACCGUUCACCCAAGAGAGAGAUGAACCGUUCACUCAAGAGGGAAAUGAUGAUGCAGGGCUGCUGGUCGCAAAAGAAGGCGAACAAGAAGAAAGCAGAGAUUGGAAAUUGUACACUCGCGGACGAGAUGAGACGCCGGAGAAUGGAGAGUAUGAAGAACAUACAAACACCCGGUCACUAAGACUUACAGGUGAUAAAAUGAGCGAAGAUAUGGAGGAGAGCGGAAGAAAAGCUGGAGCUGAGGAGGACAAUGAGAGCGCAAUAACACCAGAGGAUCAUCAAAAAAUGUAUGAAACCAUUCUAGUAAAGGAAGAAGAUGAUCAAAUGCAGCAUGAAGAUGAAGACUUGCAGGCGGAAAACAUAGAGGUUAAAUUGUGCCCGAUCGCAGAUUUGAGUCUAGAAGACGAGAAUAACAUGCACAUAAUAGAAGCAAAGGUGCAGAGGAACGAGGCAGAUACAGCGGCGACAUAUGAGGAAGUAGAAAACAGAGAUGUUGUGCCACAGCUUGCCUCUGAGAAUGAGAACAACUCUGAUGAGGGAGCAAAACAGGUCUGUGAAGAGUUGUCAGAUGACGACAGAGAUUUCAUCCCUUCACUUCAUGUUGAAUCACAAAUGACCCACAACAAAUUUGGCAUCGUGUCUGAGGGUGAGCUAAUUGUUGUCGAGCAAGAGCAUGCGAUGGCUCAUAGAAAGGAAAGUGGUAAAGUUGAGGAGAGGAGGACGACGAGGACGAGGACGAGGAUGAGGAGGAGGGAGGAGGAGGAGGAGGAGGAUGAGGAUGAGGGUGUUGUCAUUGAGGAAGAAAAUGUGAUUGAGGCCACAAACGACCAGAAAAUAGAUAAAGCGCCGGAGCAGGAAGUCAACAUCAAAACAGUUACAGAAGACAGUCAAGAAGAAGACAUUUUAAUUAAACAUGUUACAUGCAGCAAAGAAGUCGUGCAGAAUGCUAAAACAGAGCUGCACACAGCAGAAUUCACAGAUGGAGAACAAGAGGAUGUGGUGAAGGACACCGAGGUGCAAACCAAAACAAGAGAGACAGAUGAUGAUGAGUCAGAGAACCAUGACAUAGUAAUUGACGAAAGGUCGAACAAUAUUUUAGUAGAUGAGAGAUGUUUUGAUAAAGAUCAAGUAGAAAAGGAAAAAAGUUGCAUGGAAAUAGCAUGUAUAACCACCUCAAAACCUGAAGGCGAGACUGGACAGGAAAUGAGCGGAGAGUGUAAAAAUAUUCCCCUGGGCAUAUGUGAAGGCCGGGUUGUUGUGUCGCAGGAGUUAAACUCUCCAACAUGUGAGGAAACUCAAGAGGGAGUUCCUGACUACAACAAUGAGCCUGGGUCAGAUGAAAAUACAACACAAAGGUUCCUGGAAGAAGGGGAUUGCGAGGAAAUCAAGGGAAACUUACGAGAAGAGGAGGAGGGCAAAGAGUCGGAGAGCCUUCAAAACAGUGGCUGCAGCACCGAGCACAUGGAAGACGGACAAGAAAGCACACAAGAUAUUAAGAACAGCUUUGACGAAGGAAUGCCACAAGAAACUGAGAAAACAUUUAUUGAGGCAGUGAUUCAAGAAUCAGGACCUUUCUUUGAGGAAGAGGAAGGAGAAUUACUGGUGGACUCAAUGAAGACGUGGAUCGAAAACUCAGAAGAGGAAUCUGAGUCAGACGUCAGCACAACAGACGAGACCAAUAAGGCGGCAGAAGAGCCGCAAGAUCGGAUGGAAGAGCUUUUAGUUGAAUUUGAAAUGGACAAAGAGUUAUGUGAUUCCCAAGUAGCUGAUAAUGCUGGAGAUUCCUGUGAGGUGGCAGGAGCUGCAACAGCAGAGGAAGUGGUCGGGUCCGCUGAUGAAACUUUCCCCGAGGCUGAAGUAAAGAAGAUGACAGAGACAAGCUUCUUUCAGGAAUCAGUAGAUGCCAUACAUCUGGAACAAAACAGCAACAUGUCUCCUACUUUACUAGAACACAUUACUGAAUCUGGAUUCCUGAAACAGACUCAGACUGAGCAUAAAUUACCUGAAGAUGCAAAAAUGCAAGAUGCAGGGAUAGAUAUGGAAGAAACCGGUUAUGGAGUCGAGGAGGCAGCAGAAGAUGAAAUGCAGAACAUAAAUGAGAUGGAGAUUUUACAUCUGCAGGGAGCAGGGAUGGCAGAAUCUGAAUUGUCGAAACCAGUUGAAUCACUGGAGAUGAAAAAUCAACAAUCAGAUGAAGCAGAGAUAACCAAUGAGGAGAUGUUGACUGAAGCAGCCGGGGAAUCAAAGACAGCUGAGUUGAAACCAAAAGAUUUAAGUGUGAUAUUAACAGAAGAAGUGGCCGAGCAUGUGACAGAAUCAGAGGGGAGUUAUGCUGAAGAAACAGUUCGCUCAAUGAGUGGACGUCAGGAUGUGAUCGAUGAAGAAAUCCUCGACUUGUGGAUACAGACGGCUUUGUCAGAGGACACCGAUGCCCUGAAACAACAAGAAGGGCCGGAACCCGGACAACAAAUGGAGCCAUCAAAUGAGGAACAAGACGAAAUAUCAUCAGUGCAGACAGAGAAGGAUACAGAGCAUCUUGUGGCGUCAAGUUCAAGGGAAUCUGAAUUGGUGAGUGACACAGAAAUGUCUUCGUCAACAGUAGAGUCUAGAUUUUUGGACCAAUCUGUCGGUGAAUGGGGUGAAACUCAGCUACUUAAGUCCACUAGCACUGGUUCAUUUCAAGACAUAUAUAACAUGUUGGCAAAUAUGUCAGAAUCAGCAGACAUCUCUGAAUUGUCUACACAAAGACCUAACUCCGACUUUCAGGAUGUGUUGAUGGAGGAAGCAGCUGAAACAGGGCGAUCAUAUCUAAAAGAGGAGGAAUCAAUCACUGAGACAGGAUUUCAUCCCGAUUCAGGAAUCACGUCACCAGAGGCUAGACAUCUUAAUCAGGAAUUGGAUAAAUCACGAGAAACGUCAGACGGAGAAAGAGCUGAAUCAGGGGAGACUGAACCUGGAUCCCAGAAAGAGAUCGCUGAGGUAACUGACUGGAAAGACACUGAAGAAGCAGACGCUCUAUUCAAAGUUGAGAAAACAAAAGCUGAAGAUGAGCCUCUUGAGAGAACUGUGUCUGAUUCUCCAGAUGAAAUGUGCACGGAAUCAGGACGAUCUAGAAGCGGAUCAGAGGCUUCUUUAGGGGAGGAAAUAGUGUUGACAGAAUCUGGUUCACAAGGCGUCACCUGCACUGAACCCCAGCCCAGAUGGUCAGAAGAUAUUGCUGAAUGGUUACCUGAGCUGAACAGGUCUGAGGUGGCAGAACAUCCAACGGCAAAGUCUAAAGAUCAGAUGGAGUUGGACACCGAUGCGCUUGAUUUUACUGUACAAAAGGCAAGAAUUGCUGUUAAAAACCCUCUUGUAAGGCCACCCAAAGAUCCCCGCUCCCUUCUACAUAUGCCCUCACUGGAUCCCACACCCUCUCCACGUCUGUCAGCCAAAGUCCCUGCAGGUGGGCCUUUGGGAGGCUUGGGCAUUGGAAUAAAACUGCCUGGGCUUGGUGCAGGUUUCCCUGUUUUAAAAAAGACGCAACGGGUGGUGAGAGAUGAAAAUAGUCCAGACACCAUGUCACAGGAGACAAAGCCAGAAGAGAAGAGUGACACGCCCAAACAAGAUGAGCCACAACUCAAACCUAAAUGGAUGCCACCAAGACAUCCAGGAUUUGGAAAUCCACUUAUGUCCGAGCUGAAGACCAAACUGAAGAAAACCUCAAAAGACUGAGAUGAAGAUGAAUUGUAAUGCUUUGUAUGAAUAUUUGAAUAUAAUAUACAAAUGGCUUUAUUUUUGAUGUAUUUAUGAAACUGAAUACAGUGAUGAAAUGUUCAUCUCGCCCAUUUACUUGCCUUAUGUUUUGUAAUAAAGCUUAUCUGAAAAGAGAAUGGCAUUAUUUAAAACACAGUGCAAGAAGUGGUGGCUUUGCUGGGUUUUUAGCAGACAUAAUCAUCAUAGCCUCAAAUCUCUCUGUGGUGCAAAGGGACAUAAUAAACAAUUGAAGUCCAAGGUGGAGACACUGGCUGUGUUGGUGGAAUACCUGAAUCCACAGACAUGUGUAUCUCAAAGCUAUUUAUGUACACCACAUCAGAAUUCAGUGUAACAUAGAACAAAAAGUGAGGCUGAAAUGUAUAAAUUGAUGUCAGAAUUUGCUCUAAUAAAGAGUAUUUUUGUAUUAAAGAAAUAACAUGAAUGUAUUAAAUAUUAAAGUGUAGUUUUAACGA